AUGGCUCCGGGAUCGUCUACCGGAGCCCAAUCUGGGACUGAUAGCAGAAAGCGAAAGGCCGAUACUCCAGCGGCAAAUGGUCGCGGCGACAACUUUGCGCAGAGGCGCCAAAUGGUCUACGCAGCACGCAGUAUUCCUGCACUACCUGCUGAGACUGCACUCAAAGAUGGCGCACUCGAUCUUCAGGCCUUCGUGGCUGCUCACGAAUUCGAAAUCCGCGCUCUGGAACAAAGUAUGGCAACGUCCAAGGCCAUCGGUAGCAGCCGUGCCUUUCAGAAAGUUCCCCGGGGCUUACGCCGUCGCACGGCGAGCCACAACCCCAAGCGGGUGCCUCGUCGACUGAGGAAGCGCGCAGUCAAAGAGAUGAAGGACGACAACACCCCAGUAGUGGAAGCGAGGCGGAGAAAGCCCAGGACAACAAGAGCGAGGAUACGGGCCGAGACAGCGCGAAAGUUAGGUAUUUUAGCGAUGAGGAAGCGCAAGGCUAGUCUGGUGAAGGCCAAAAAGGACGGUAAUAUCGACAUGGAAAAGUCAUUGGCUGUUGUAGGACGGGCACCAAGACCAAAGAUUCGGCGAAACGAACUGAACGAGCCCCCGAAACCCAAGGCCAAGUUCCGCAAGCGACAAAUGAACAAAACCUGGUUACCAACUCACUCAUGGCAUGCGAAAAGGGCAAGAAUGACUGAUCCAUUGGGCCCUCUAUGGCGGUUCGCUAUACCGUUGACGCCGAAUGAAAAGAUUCAUCGACCAACCCAUCGAGCACAAGGCGACAGAGGAGCGGUCAUCUGGGAGACGAGCUACAUGAGCACAAUUGGCUUGUUUGGCAAUCGCGCUGGAAUCGAACGCGUUUUGAAACGAAUAGGUGUUGUUCAAGAUUCAUGUUGGAAUAACAAGGGAACUAAAUGGAGGCUUGGAAGUAGGACGUGGACCGGGGUUUUGAGUCGGGCCAUGAAUGGAGGACAGCCAAAUCACCAUGAUCGACAAGUUAUUGGACCAUGCACUAUCCUAUGGAAUCCUGAGUCGCCCACAGCGGAACCAAACCAGGAACCCAAGAAGCAACAGAGACAGGUGUUCUUAAGAAUACACCCAUCGGCCUUCCUUGAACUCUUUAACGAAUUAUUGUCGUUGACAAAACAGGAAACCCCUCUACUCUACAUUGAGGACCUUCGAUUUGAAAUCGGCAGUAUCGAUCUGUCCGGUCCGGGUUCAACAGAGUCCCUUUUGGCUGUGUUGCAUCCCUAUACCCAGAAAGACAAGACCAAGAAUACACACGCAGAGAUGUUUAAAGGACUGACAGGGCUUACCAAUGCGGCUACCCUACCUGUAGGCACCGUACUGAGUUUGUCAGUGCAGGAUCCUCGCUUUCACUACCCCCCGAAGCGCAUUGAGCCCCCUGAGGAUAAUGAUGCGCAAUUACGAUUGCUCGAAAAGAUUGCGGCCUGGCCAGCGGAGGAGGGUUUAAAGCCAUAUGCAAUUUUUGACCGAGAUGUUCGCCAUCGCGCGUCGCUUCUUCCGUCACAGAAACAAGUCGAUAGACGGAAAAGCAAAAGUAACCCUGGGACACCUCUCAAACCAAUACAAACCGACCCUCCCAUCCCUAUCACUCUCCUUACCUCACGUACGGGUACUGGUACCCAAACACAAGGCACAUGGACCUUAAUUGCCCCUUGGAAGUGUAUACAGCAUAUUUGGUACUGCUUAGUGCAUUACCCCCUUUCUUCAGGGGGCAACCCGCGCUUUGCAGGCCUGGACGAGAUUCGUCAGGUCGCCUUCGAACGAGGCCAGCCUUGGUUUCCGGGAGAUUUCCCUGGGACCAAGGCAGGUGCUGAUUGGGAGCUUGAAGAGCGGCGUAAAAGGAAGGCGGCUUGGGAGAGGCGGCCAAAGAGUAAGAGAACAAUCUGGGAAUCUCUCGAUCUGGGCGGAGGGAGGAAAGGUGAGGUUGGAGAUGGCUUCGCUAGCGAUUUUGAGAUGCUGUUCGGUACUGCGGGUGCACCGGAAAGUGAAGAGAGUCACGGCCAGGACGCCAUGGAUGUUGACAACGACGAGUCAAUGGACUCAACACAAGCACCGAAGAAGCAAAAAGAGCCGCGCCUAUACCAACUCCGCCAUAUUUCCAAAGAUAUUUUCUCCCAAACCGUUAUUUCUCCUACACCACCUCCAGUACCCACGAACGCCCUUCUAGGCGUCCGCAUAUCGCUCGUCUCUCGAGGCACAGUCACACCCUGCGCUCGCAUCUACCGCCUCCCUUCCCGGCCGUCGCCAGCACCUCAAUCCUCCGAAACCGAAGUACCAGCCACCAUCCCCCCUGAAUCACUAUCAUCUUCUUCUCUCCCACAUGAUCUCCGCUCACAAUGGCUUUCUCAAGCACCUCCCUCUACUGCAAGCAGGAACAAGCCACCAAGGACUUCAGGCCCUCGCGACUUGGAAUCUUUGAAGCGUCAACUUGCUGCUGAACUCAUCGCCAAACCUUCACCUUUCCCACCCCUGGCAGCCAACAAGUCUGAUUUGAACGGACAUCCCCUUGUACCAAAUGCCGAGGACCUGGUUGGCUUUGUGACUACUGGAUCUUUCAGUCUCAGCGAAGGGCAUGGUAUGGCCAUUGGCUCUAUUGCCAUUCAAAAGGUCCUUGACGAUGUUAAAAAGGAUGCGAGGGAAGGAAGGUACUGUAUCGUGCGCAACGCGGGUGAAAGUGUUGGAUGGCUUGCGAAAUGGGAAGCCGUUUGA